GUCCCUCGAGGACGACACACACGUACACACACACACACCACGCAUACGGAGGAGGACGAUCGAGUGCGAGGGAAAGCCUGCUGCUGCUACUGCUACCGCCGCUGUUAAAGACGGAAGGAAGAGGACGAGAAACGCAGUGGCUGGCCGGUGUAGACUCGCAACAGGAGCGCGCGUCUCUGCCAGUAGUCGACCAGUCGCGGCCAUUCAGUCACAGUCAGUCGAUCAUUCGGUCAGUGCCGGUUCUACGCUUCGAACGUUUCUCUCUGUCUGUUUAUACUCUCCUCGAGUUCCUCAAUGGUGGCCGUCCGAUGUGUUUCGCUGGCAACCGACGAUGAUCCUUUGUCCAAGAGGAGAGACCAAGGCGGCUAAAUAGGUGGAGCGAGGAAGCGGAGAGAGAGGCGAGAAGAAAAGGCGCGAACGACAAGGGGUGUUCCAGAGGGAGAAGAGGGGCAUGAUAAGCAAGGACACGGGGUUGGCACGGAAAUCAGGUGACCCGGUGGACGAUAGCGAAGCGUCUGGCGCGCAAAGGGCGAGGGAUCAUCGUCGACAGAUUCGUCGUCGCGUUUCUCGACAACGAAUGUCGGAAUGACGCGUCGAUCGAGUCGUGGAUGGGCAGAGGGUGCAAGGACUUCGUUAAACGGGAAAAAGUGAUACGCGUCGUGGCUCGCGUCGGUGGAGGCGGAGUGGAGGUCGUUGGAGAAGGGAGCGGAAGACGGAAGAAGCGUUGGGGAUCGUCGAACUUAUCAGACACCAGAUAAGAAACGAUCGCGGGCUCAUUGCCUCGUCACUCUCCAGCAGCAGCGACGGAUAACGUCCUCUCGUCGCUAUCAUCGCGAUGUCGUUACUAUGAGAUUCACCGUGCCGGUACACUCGGCGUUUCCUUACACCUGACAGUUUCCAGAAGAAGGCCCGCGCCCGAUUGCUUCGUCGUUCUCCGUCGAUCGCGAACUUUGGAUGUUUCCAACUAACGGAUAGAAACGAGACGGAAGGAAAGAGGAAAAACCCUGACGAACGGAGAUUGACGGGGAAAAAGAGAAAAAGAGAGAACGAGGCUACCAAAGAAUUCGAUCGGAGGACGUUCGUUAAGAAGGGUGAGAGUAAGCCGAGCGAAAGGACGUGGAAGGGAAAACAGCGAUCUCGUUUAACCCCUGAAAGCAGAGAAUCCCUGAAAUCGGAAAAUUCCUGGCGUUUGGUUAACGUAAUUGCCCAAGGACAGGCAACGACUGUCCGGGUUGCUGUGCGUGGAAGAGCCGAAGGGAGUCGAUAAAGAACAGAGAGGGGUGCGUGGUGAAACGCGACGAGAGGGUGAAGCGAAGGUGUCCUCGUGGGGUGCCAGAGUGAGCACGAUAGCACCUCUGGUGCCCUCGGCCGUGGGUCCCGAGGGGACGGACGCCAUGGCGGCCUCUUCGUCCUCGUCGAGCGGCGAGCAACAGUACUCACUCAGGUGGAACGACUUCCACUCGAGCAUCCUCAGCUCAUUUCGUCAUCUGAGGGACGAGGAGGAUUUCGUGGACGUGACCCUGGCAUGCGACAGUAGCAGCUUCACCGCGCACAAGGUCGUCCUCUCUGCGUGCAGUCCUUACUUCCGUCGUCUCCUCAAGGCCAAUCCAUGCCAGCAUCCGAUCGUGAUCCUGAGGGACGUUGCCUCGUCGGAUAUGGAGUCGUUGCUGCGCUUCAUGUACCACGGAGAGGUUCACGUGGGCCAGGAGCAGCUGGCCGCGUUCCUCAAGACGGCGCAGAUGCUGCAGGUUCGAGGGUUGGCCGACGUGAACAGCGGUGCUGCCACCGCCAAGAUUCCGCCCCCAUCGUCGUCCGGUGGAAACAACGGCAGUGCACCGGCGACACCGCGCAAUCCUUGGCAAGACAACGGCAGAGGAGAGUUGAACGAGGGUGCGCUGAGUCCACCACCGGAGAAGAGACCUAGAAGCUACAGUCCACCGUUGGGCAACCACGUGGAGCCGAAAACGGACCUUCAGGAAUCGCUUUUGAGCCAGGCUCUCGAAGGAGGACCCACGAUACACACCACGCCCACGAACAAUGUACAGGCGCAGUCUACCGGCGAGGACUCGAAUUCCAUGUCGGACAACGAGGAGGAGAUAUCGAAUAACGACAGUAUCUUGAAUUCCGUGAAGACCGAACCGAGCGACAUCCUGAACGAAUCUAUAGAACAUCAUCGUAACUCGUUUCCGAUCUUGGGAUUACCAGGACUGAUACCGGGGCCAUCCGGGAUCCACGCGGCGAAUCAGGAUUCGAAUUACGCCCGCCGCGGUUUGGACUUUAUACGGGUCCGUGCCACAGAUCCACGUCCCUGCCCGAAAUGCGGUAAGAUCUAUCGAUCUGCCCACACGUUGCGCACCCACCUGGAAGAUAAGCACACGAUCUGUCCGGGCUAUCGUUGCGUGCUCUGCGGCACCGUGGCCAAGUCGAGGAACUCGUUGCACUCGCACAUGUCCCGGCAGCAUCGCGGGAUCAGCACCAAGGAUCUACCGGUUCUCCCGAUGCCCAGUCCGUUCGAUCCGGAGCUGGCAUCGCGCCUGUUGGCCAAGGCGGGCGUCAAGGUGAGUCCCGCGGAGUUACGAGCUCGUGCCAGUCCCACGGGACCAAGAAGGGGCGACAUGAGACUGGAGAUACCUCGCGGUGGCGCGCCAUCCGAGGCGGGAAGCAGCAUCUGCGGUGGAGACGAUCCGGAGGAUCUCACGUUGCCGCUCAGCCUCAGGUAUGGAUCACCCACGCCCAACAAUAACACUGUGAUCACCAAAGUCAGCGGCAGCAACAGCGGUAGCAGUAACAAGAACUCGACAGCGACCGCGAUAGCGGCCAAAUCUAUGGACACCUUGCACGGUAGCCGUGAACCUAACACGGCGCCCCUUCAUCCACCUGGACAUCUGCAUCCGAGUCACCAUAACGCUAGCGCGACGGGAUCAGCGAUCCUCGACACUUAUCUUCAAUUUAUCGCGGAGAAUUCCGGAUUGGCGACGAUGGGGCUCAGCCCCGAGCAAGCUGCAGCCGUGGCGGCCGCACACGCGGCCAAGAUGGCUCACAUGAGCGCGAUGGAUAAGUUAGGGGGUCGCGGGAUCGAGGACUAUCCCAUGAUCGGUAGAGACGAGGGUCGAGGACCGGGAGUGGUACACGAGGAUCGACAGGACACGAUGCAGGACAGGCACGUUGGUCUAAUGGAAGAAGGCGAAUCGUCCGGCGGAGAAGAGGAUGAUUUUAGCGAGAACGAGGAGCCGGAGAUCGUUAAAGCUGAAUAAGUGGCACGCUCGCGGCAAUCUGCGACCAGAGUUCGUGACACGUGACCCGAUUAGGAAGUGCUUUGGAGAGAGGCGUGACUAGGAUUCGAUUCGGUCCAGCCACGCUCUCUUCGUUCGCAGUCAAAUCCAUCCACUACCUCAGUAGAGACUUACCCCUGUUUUCUUUUCGUUGCGGGAGAUAGAAUUUUUGUUUUUUUUUUUUCCAAAGAAAGAAGAAGAAAGAAGAUGAGGAAACGAAGUCAUUUGCCGAUCACACACACACACACACACACACGUAUACACUGGGCCGGUUCCAAUCGGUCGGAGAACGAAUCCCUCCUUUGCUAACGCUCGAGUAACAAAACGGAGCUUUUUCGUUUGUCUACGUCGAAACACAUACACACACUCACUCACACACAAGUACACGCGUGUAUAUGCGAGUAUACAGUUUUUUUAAUCCCGUUUAAAAUAUUCCAUCUGUCUACCUCAGUGAACACGAUAAACGAUAAGUGAUAGGACAGACCAAGACGAAUCUCAUGGAUGACGAAGUUGAUGAGAGGAGAACGAACGGUGAGGCGAUCGGAGAUAAAAGAGAGUCGUAUCGCCAUGGUUACUCACGAUUUUAGUCGCGUUGAAACGAUUUAAAGAAAGAGGAGAAGGUAAACGCCGUACACGUGGCCACAAUGGCCGCGUUUCUACGGGGGUCGAAGCAGCGACGCUUCGAUCGUCGCGAACUAUAAAGAGAGAGUAUGCGAGCGAACCGAGAAGCCAGGUGACGCCAGGGCAACUGUUUGAUUCUUUUUAUUUUCUAAAGGUUUAAA